UCCGCCGCGGCCAGCCGGGCAGCGCGGGCGGGCCGGGGGCUGCGCCGCCGGGGAGGAGGUUUGGGGGAGCCUGGGGGGGUCCGGGCACUUACUUGGGCUGGAAGUUGGCGGCGAGAUGGGGAACGAGCGUUGGAAAACCGUGGGAGGAGCCUCGCAACUUGAGGAUGGGCAGCAGGAGAAAUCGCAGAGGAUGAGCUGCGGGUACAUCCUGUGCACUGUCCUGCUGUCAGUGGCCGUCCUCCUGGCGGUGACAGUCACGGGGGCCAUCCUCUUCAUGAACCACUACCACACGCCCGUCACCGAGUCGCCCCCUGUCAUCAGCACCAACCCCGAGGAGGCCAACGCGCUGGUGACCAUCGAGAAAGCCGACAGCUCCCGCAUCAACAUCUUCAUCGACCCCAACUGCCCCAGCGCCGCCGGCACCCUGGGCCGCAUGGAGGGGCUGCAGAUCUCCCUGCUGCGCGCCGUCACCGACCACGACGCCGAGGCCAAGGCCACUAAGAGCCAGCAGAAGGCCCUGCUGGUCACGGUGGCGGACGAGGUGGCCAAGCUGCUGACACACGCCGUGCAGCUGCGCGCCGACUGCGACGGCCUCAAGAAGGGGCACAGCGCCAUGGGGCAGGAGCUCAGCGCCCUGCAGGGAGAGCAGGGCAGGCUCAUCCAGCUGCUCUCGGAGAGCCAGACCAACAUGGCUCGGCUGGUGAGCUCCGUCAGCGACGUCCUGGACACGCUGCAGAAGGAGCGGGGCGGUGCCCGGCCCCGCCUCAAGGCUGACCUGCAGCGAGCACCGGCCAGGGGGGCGCGGCCCCGGGGCUGCUCCAACGGCUCCCGGCCCCGAGACUGCUUUGACAUCUAUGCGAGUGGACAGCAAGAGGACGGGAUUUACUCCAUCUUCCCCACGCACUAUCCCUCUGGCUUCCAGGUCUACUGUGACAUGACGACGGACGGGGGCGGCUGGACGGUGUUCCAGCGGCGGGAAGAUGGCUCUGUGAACUUCUUCCGUGGCUGGGAAGCCUACCGGGAUGGCUUUGGGAAGCUGACAGGAGAGCACUGGUUAGGGCUGAAGCGGAUCCACAUGCUGACAGUCCAGGGCACCUACGAGCUCCGCAUCGACCUGGAGGACUUUGACAACGGCACCGCCUUCGCCCACUAUGGCAGCUUCGGGGUGGGGCUCUUCUCUGUGGACCCCGAGGAGGACGGGUACCCCAUCACCGUCACCGACUACUCGGGGACCGCAGGUGACUCCCUCCUGAAGCACAAUGGGAUGAAGUUCACCACCAAGGACCUGGACAACGACCACUCGGAGAACAACUGCGCCGCUUUCUACCACGGUGCCUGGUGGUACCGCAACUGCCACACCUCCAACCUCAACGGGCAGUACCUCAAGGGCCACCACAGCUCCUACGCCGAUGGCAUCGAGUGGUCCUCCUGGACCGGCUGGCAGUACUCCCUCAAAUUCACCGAGAUGAAGAUCCGGCCCAUCCGGGAAGAGAAUUAGCUGGAUGGCAGGAGCCCCCACACACUGUGCCCAGCCCCCUGCCCUUCCCCACCACCCUGCAGCCCCAUCCCCCCCAGCUGCCAUCCUCCCCAUCCUCCCCGAGGGCUGGCCCAUCUUUGAGGGGCCUCUGGGGAGCACCUGCCCCCAGUGAGGGUGACUUUAUCUCCUGGGCAUCCACGGACAUUGCUGGACCUUUGCUUCCCACUGCCAUGGCUCUGCUGCAGCCAGAAUGGCUGGAGCCAUUGGCUGGAGGUAGGGAGUAGCCCAGGUAGGCUGAGCACCUCUGAUCACCUCUGCUCCGGGCACAGACUCCAGGCACUGGCCUCACCAAGUGACUGGGGGCACUUGCCACAGGGAGCCCCAAGACCCCAAGAAUCCCCCAGACUGGGACAAGGCUGCUCCACAGUUCCAGCUCCCCCCAUGGUGCUACUAGUGAUGGGGAGGGCUCAGCUGGGUCAGCCUGACCGUGCCAGUGAUUCUUUCUCUGGACUACAGAACAUUCGCCUCUGCCCCUGGAAGAGCAACACAGCUGGGAAGGGAUGACUACCAGCUCCUUAGUCCCUGUUGUCCCUGUCCUGCCUCCUGGAGCCUCCCCAUGGGUCAGAACACCCCAAAGCAAGCUGAUGCAGUGCUGCAAGGACGUCCACCCAGAACUGAGCAUGGCAUGGAGCUGUUUUGGCAGCACCGGAGAAAUGGGAAGCGCGGCAAGGAGGAGGAGGAGGUGAGGAAGGUUCACUUCCCAGCACAGCUCUGCCUGCAUUUCGCAGCUCCUCCCUCCCAACCAGACUCACUCAGAUUCAUGUCGGCCAUCCAACAGCUGUGACCUUUCCCCAAACCCUUGGCUUUGGGCAGCACAGACACAUCCCCCACGUGAGCCCCCUCUGCUCACUGCCGGCCCGGGGACCCGCGUUCAUUUUCACCCCGGCUGAGCCGUGUGCUGGCUCGGCACCUGCAGAUAUCCAAAGCCUUUCAUUUCCUCAAAUCCCGUUAAGGUUUUGCAAAAAGAAGCCCCGAGUGGGGCUUAGCAUCUGCAGGGCCCUGAUAACUGGGCAGCAGUGGUGCCACGCACCAGCAAACCCAAGCAGGAGCUGCUGUGGGGUGCGGGACUGAUGUCUCCUGCUGGCUCCCUGGAAGGACUCAAAUGGGGGAUUUUGUCCAAAAGAAAACUAGAACCAAAUGUGAGAAGGCUCUGAAGCAGGAAGGGAAGGAGACAGCAGGGACCCAGUCACCCUGUCCAUCAUUUUCUGCCUGUGCUACAGCAGCAGUGGGGAGCAGAGCCCUGGCCCCCCGAGACACUGUUGGACAGAUGGAUGGACCGAGGAGGGGAGGAAAACUCCCAGUGUCCCCAUUUCCAGGGGGGCUUAAGGCAUGGGGAGAUCAAAGGCUCAGCUUCCCAGCUGCGCCAGGUUUGUACUGCCCUCUGCGAUUCUUCUUUUUUUAAGCCUUCCCACCUCGGAUCCUGUGCUGGACAAGCUCAUUCACCUGCUGGGUGAGUCCCUGUCUGUCUGUUUUGCGAGGAAAACAAGGACAAACAAUGUAUUGAGAUUGCUUUUCCCUGUUCCAGAGACAUUCCUCAGAGCCCUCGGGUGAGGAUGAGCUCUGAGUGCAGGCACCAGCUCUACCUACUCCAACCCUGCCCAGAGCAGCUGGUCAGGCUUUCUGGAACGAUGGAAUUUGGGGAGCUCAGCAGUGGCAUUUCCCAGCUCAAGAGCAGGAGCCCUGACAGCUUCCCAGGGCCUUCCUGUGCCCCACUGGACCUCUCCAGAAAGGGUCCCGCCUGCACCCAUCUUUACUUCUCGUUCAUUUAUUUUGUGGAGUAGCUGUAGCUGUGUUUUCUAGCACUUGCCUUUGGGCCAGGAAGGCACAUGGAGCCAUGUGCCGGGUGGGAAGGCCCUCCCCUCCCCAGACCCCUCCACUGGUGUUUUGCCACGCCGGGGAGGGGACACUGUACAUCGGUUUGUCGGUAGCACAUCCUUGAGUAACUGCCUGUGUCAUCCGGGACCCCCCAGUGACUUUGUUUUGACUUGCACGAGAGGUAUUUAAUCCAUGCCAAGACGCAGGAUUGCCCAGGAUUAUUCCCAAGAGCGCACACAUUGCUCCAUGGCCCUGGAUUAGGUUAAACCCGUCCGCGGUGACACCUCCCCGGAGAGGGGAGGGCAGGGGCGACUGGGGGUCCGGGGUGUGGCCACGUACCUUCCCGGCGAAGCCCUGAGCCAGGUCGUGGUGUGUAGCAGUGCCGUGAAGUCUCUCUAGGUCGUGUGUGAGUGUGUCCAACGCUGUACAUGUGGACUUUCUAAACUCCUUAAUAAAAGGAUCUCAUCGUUA